CGGAAAAAGGGUUUAACACGGGAAGAGAUCGAAGACGCAAGGAAACAAACCUGAAGUUCAAGCGAAAAGCUGAAAGAGCUCACUCUGUUCUGUGUGGUCGAAGGAGGCGAGAAAAGACAAUUUCGAAGUUUUCUUUCUUGGAGCUCAUAAGACAACGAAACUGGCACCCCCACUGCCCGUCACCAUGCCUGCUCUGCUGGAGAGACCCAAACUGUCCAACGCGAUGGCCAGAGCUCUGCACAAACACAUCAUGAGAGAGAGGGAGAGAAAAAGACAAGAAGAGGAAGAAGUAGACAAGAUGAUGGAGCAGAAGAUGAAAGAAGAAGAAGAGAGGAAACGGACAAAAGAGAUGGAAGAAAGAAUGUCCUUGGAGGAAACUAAAGAGCAGGUUCAGAAGAUGGGGGAGAAAUUGCAGGGCUUGCAGGAGGAGAAACACCAGCUAUUCCUACAACUUAAAAAAGUUCUCCAUGAAGAGGAGAAGAGACGAAGAAAGGAGCAAAGUGAUAUUACAACAUUGACCUCGGCCAGUUACCAGUCCAGUAUACCCCUGCAUUCAGGACAGCACCUGCUCAGCCUGCAAGGCAGUCCAGUGAGUCACAGCAGGCCUGGAGGUCUGUUGGCAGAUCGUGGUAAACAGUUGUUUCAGACACCUGGCAUCCCUGGCCGUCACUUCCCUGGCCAGCCUAGUUUCACUCCAGGCUCUUCUGAGCAUGGGCAGUUUUCCGGCAGCCCUGCAGUACACGACUCCUACGCUGUCUCACAGGCCCAGCACCCCUCUACCUAUGGCCCAGGUGCAUCAGUUCCCAUCAGCUUUUCCAGCAGCUCCCAGAUUAGAGGUGCAUCAGCUUUUCAGACCAUGCCAUACCUGCCACAUCAGCCGCAGGGCUACGCUGUCCACAGCCAUUUCACUUCCCCGCCAGGAUUCAUCCCCAGUGCCAGCAUUCCUCUUCAGAAGCAGUUGGAGCAUGCUAAUCAGCAGUCUGGCUUCACUGACUCGGGUACUCUGAGGCCCAUGCACCCACAGGCUCUACAUGUAAGUGCUACAGGACUUCUGUCUACACCUUCAAUGGCAGUUCAGAUUCCUACAGCAAAGGCCUCUUUUCAGAGCUCUCCUCAGUCAGCACCUCGUCAUGCCUUCCUCUCCCACCCUCAAGCCGGACAGAGAUUCUAUCAUCACAGCAAGUAACCAAGUUUGACAACCAAGGUUAUGAAAACCAAACUAUGUAAAGGUGCGGUAAAUAUAGCAAGUGACCAAAGUUGCAACGUGGAAGAUUUAUCAUCUUGGGUUAUAACUGACCUAUUCAGAAUUGAUGACAGUAACAAUAAUUCAGCUCACUGUUAAACAUGCCUAUUGAAAAACAAUUUUGAUUUGGAUGCCCUCUCACAUACUGUACAUUCAAAUUUAAUAUGGAUAGUUUUGUGGCAUUAAAAUAAGUGUAAUCAGUGAAUGCUGUUGUACUUCUGUUGAAAAGGGCUGAAAAUAUACUAAUGUGUACUAGAGGUCAGGGUGCAAAACUGAAGAAAUGUGUAGAUAAUGUGUUUGAUUUGGGGAAACAUUAAUCACUGCCUUUUUUCCAGUGCUCUGUGCCAUUAGCAUCUCCUAUAAUUAGGUAUAUUUGUUUAACUGUGACUGGAUAAAGAUCACUGACUUUAGUAAUUUGUUUAACCACGAACAUUUUAAAGAUAUUGAUUUUAUCAGUUUAUUUAAAACUGAACAAAAAUAAAAUUACAGGUCUGGAGAGUGGCAGUGGUUUGUAUAUGGUUUUUUAUCCAAGUAGUUAAUAUUGACCCUUACAAUAUACUUAGGAAGUCUGAAAAUGUUACAUUUUAGAUAAGUAGCUUUUUAUUGCUCCUGAAGAGGAUGUUCAUGACCUCAUUCCAGUUGACUGUACAUUAAAAUUUUUUGCAAAACUGUA